AUGGUUAGGACCCGAGGAUUAGGUCGUGCCUUAGGUCACGAUACUAGUAGAGGUAUGGGCAGAGGAGAUCGUGAUGAUUCCGAUGAUUCUCCACAGUGUCGACGGCCUACGACAUCCCCACGCAGGCAACGAGUACCUGUCACUACUGCGAACGAUGAGCCAGUGGUCCUUGCAACAGAGGUUGACGGAGCUUCGAUUGAGGCUGAUGUAUAUGCGGAUGAGCCGAUGUACAAGACACUGGGGCAGACACUCCUGCAAACACAGGCGCACAGGCUGCUGAGGAUGAGCCUAAGGGAUUUUCAGGAGCGUCCUGAGUUGAAGUUAUCCUCUCAUAGGAGAAAGGUGCAUAGUUUAGGCAUGCUUGUCCAUGCCAUUGAUGGGCUAGUUUCUGGGACAGGACUAAGUCCUCUGAUCCCCGUGCACGUGGAUGAUGUUGUACAGAUGCUGGUGGAGUUAUUGAUGGUCACUGCAGAGGCUACCAGGUCUGAGACAGCGCAGUGUCGUGGACCGUAUGUACUCCUGCAAUGGUGCUGGAUAUACGAGAACUUUCCCUCAGUCGUGGAGUCCACUGCUGAUUCAAACUACGACGAGGAUUCACCACGUGGCUGUAUGUGGAUUGCUACGAAGAAGAUCGUGAAGAGCAUACGUACACCAAUGUACAGGGAGCGCCUGGACCGAAUCCGAAUUUUCGAUGUCUGUUGGAUCCCAUAUAGGGAGCACCGACCGGUCCAGGACUUCCAUAUGAUUUCAUGCUAUUUCAAUCUGCUGCACUGGGGACCCGUUGCUGUGUAUUACCGACCAGAGAGGGUCAUGCGGUAG